UUAAUGGGAUGGCUGAUGAACGAAGAGCAACGCCAAACUGUUGUGUCUGUGGUCGGGAUGGGAGGAUCGGGGAAGACUACUCUAGUUGCAAGGACUUUCAAAGAUGAAAUUGUAAAGAGACAUUUUGAAUGCUAUGCGUGGAUUACUGUUUCCCAGUCUUAUGUGAUUGAAGACUUACUUAGAAGAUUGAUCAAAGAAUUCCAUAAAGCAAAGAAGGAAGAGGUCCCUGCAGACAUGAAUGCCAUGAGUUAUAACGAAUUGCUGGAGAUUUUGGUGAACUACUUGGAGACUAAAAGGUACCUAGUUGUAUUGGAUGAUGUGUGGGAUGUCCACCUUUGGGAGAAAAUAAGGUUUUCAUUUCCAGAUAAACAACUUGGAAGUCGAGUCAUGCUUACAACUCGAAGAGAAGACAUAGCAUCCUCUUCUUUUGGAGUUGAAUGCCAUGUUCACAAGAUUCAACCGCUGGAAAGGGGUGAUGCGUGGGAGCUCUUCAGCAUGAAAGCAUUCUCAAGUUACCCUAACAAAUCUUGUUCAACAGAAAUUCUGCCAUUAGCUCGGGAACUUGUGGAGAAGUGUGAAGGCCUACCUCUUGCGAUCGUAGCCUUGAGUGGUCUUAUGUCUUCUAAGAAGUCACUUACAGAGUGGAGCAAAAUCUACAACAGCUUAAAUUGGCAUUUAACAAACAAUCCUUUGCUAGAACCUAUGAAGAGCAUCUUGUUGUUUAGUUUUAAUGAUUUGCCAUACCGACUGAAACAAUGCUUUCUAUAUUGUUCCCUUUUCCCUGAAGAUCAAGUGAUCGUAAAUAAUAGGCUCAUCACAUUGUGGAUUGCUGAAGGAUUUGUUGAACAUGUCGAAGGGCUCACGCCAGAAGAAGUUGCAAAUAGCUAUUUUAUGGAACUCAUUUUUCGUAACAUGCUACAGCAAAGGUUUCGAGGACCCCGCCUAGCAUGUAAGAUGCAUGAUCUUUUGCGGGAGAUUGCUCUGUCUAUAGCAAAAGAAGAAAAGUUUUGCGCUGUACAUGAUGGGAGUGAAACAAUGGAAGAAACUGGGGCACUCCGUUUGUCAAUUCAAACAACUAAUGGAGAAAUUGGAUCAUGCACAGGUAUAUCACGGCUUCAUUCGUUUUUCGUCUUUGCCACUGGUGUAUCCUCAUUCUCUUUCCCAAAUAAAUUACCUUUUGACCUUAAAUUGUUGAAGGUUCUAGAUUUGGAGGAUGUCCCAAUUGAUAAUCUGCCAGACAAUCUAACGUCCUUAUUUAAUUUAAAAUAUUUAAAUUUGAGUGGAACUUCAAUUACAGAGCUUCCGGAAUCCAUUGGACAACUCGGCAACCUUCAGAACUUGGACAUCAAGGGGACAAAAAUAGAGGCACUUCCAAGAGGGAUUUCCAAGUUGCUAAACUUACGCAAUUUACUUACGGGCAGGUUCAUUUCCGGAAAUGUAAUUUGUACUGGGGUAAGAAUACCAUCAAGUAUUAGUAAGAUGAAGAAAUUGCAGUAUUUGGGAUGUACUAAAUCCGAAGGAAAUAUCAUUAGACUUAUUAGAAAUAUGACCCAGCUUAAGGCCCUUGGCAUUUCAAAUGUGAAAGAAAGAGACGAGGAGGACCUAUGUGCCUCAAUUCAAGAGAUGAAGGUCCUUUCCUACUUGAGUUUAUUUGUAGCAGAUGGAGAGGAAUUUCUUCGAGUUGAGGUAUUGUCUUCACCACCUCCCUACCUUGAUACACUUGGCUUGGUCGGCAAACUAGAAAAGGUACCACAUUGGUUUUGUUCACUCCACACUCUCACAUAUUUGUAUCUGUAUGGGUCUAGACUUGAAGAAGAUUUUCUACCUCAUAUUGAAGCAUUAACCUCUUUACAUUUUCUUUCCCUUCAUGAUGCCUCUGUUAGGGAAGAGUUAUGUUUCAACAGAGGCUUUGUGAAGCUUCGGUAUUUGCGGUUGUAGAAUUUCGCAUUAUUAAAUAAGAUAAGUAUAGAAAAAGGGGCAAAGCCAAAUCUCGAGUUCUUAGACAUUCAAAGUUGCAUGACGUUAGAAACAUUGCCACAAGGUAUUGAGCACCUUACUAAACUACAAGGAUACAGAUUUGAUAAUGUUUCAGAGAAGUUU